GGUGAAUUACUCAAUGAUAUCUACACGAGACCUCUUAGUCUCACAGAAAAUACCAGAAAGUGACACAAAUAAAAAAAAUCCUAUACACAAAAAUUCCCCAUCAAGAAACAAAUGAAUGGCCAUUCUUUUACUUAAAAAAAGAUUUUAUUUCCUCUACUAAUUGCCUUAAAAUUUUAGGUGAGAAAACACUGAAACAUUAAUGGCUGAAUCCUGUAAAUACCCACAAAUUUUCUAUCUUCUCUUCUUUCUUUUUGUUCUUACUUUAGCACAAGAUGAAAAACAAUUCAUCUACAAUGGCUUCCAAGGAGCUAAACUUCAUCAUGAUGGCUUAACAAAGAUCCUCCCAAAUGGUCUUUUACAACUAACCAAUGGUUCAUUCCAAGGAAGUGGGCAUGCUUUCUUUCCAAACCCCAUUAAUUUCAACAAAACUCGAUCCUUUUCGACCUCUUUCACUUUCGCCAUUGUUACACCUCUGCCUGAUCAUUCUGGCCAUGGUUUAGCCUUUGUUAUAUCUCCUACAACCAAUUUUCAACAUGCUACCCCUGCUGAAUUCCUUGGCAUUUUCAACGUUUCCAACAAUGGAAUUAGCUCAAAUCAUCUCUUUGCUGUAGAAUUUGACGUUGUACAAAAUGCUGUUUUCCAUGAUAUUGAUGGUAACCAUGUUGGUAUUGAUGUAAAUGGACUAUACUCUAUUGAUUCAGCUUCUGCAGCUUAUUAUUCAGAUGAUCAAGGCACGAAAAAGACGGUCUUACAUCUUUCGAGUGGAACACCCAUUCGGGUUUGGAUUGAUUAUAACCAAGAUGAGAUGCUGAUUAAUGUAACAUUAGCCCCACUUCAACACCCAAAACCCAAAAUUCCUUUGUUGUCUACUUCUCUUAAUCUUUCCUCUGUGAUUUUGGGUACUAAUUAUAUCGGUUUUUCUUCUGGUACCGGGCUUGUUGAUACUGAUCAUUACAUUUCGGGUUGGAGUUGGAGUCAGAUUGGUGAAGCUCAAGAUCUUGAUCUUGCUAAACUUCCUGUGUUUCCCAAGAUUAAAAAACAUAAGGGAUAUCAGAAAGUUAUAUUGAUUGUUUUGGGUGUAAUUUUAUUGGUUUUACUGGAAAUUAUAGCUGCAAUUGGGUUUAUAUUAUGGAGGAAGAAGUAUGCUGAGCUUAAAGAACCAUGGGAGAAUGAAUAUGUUUCGCAUCGAUUUUCUUUCAAAGAUCUUUAUGUAGCAACUAAGGGUUUUAGGGAUUCUGAGCUUUUGGGUGCUGGGGGUUUUGGGAAGGUUUAUAAGGGUGUUUUACCUUCUUUACAAACCGAAAUCGCUGUGAAGAAAGUUUCACAUGAUUCAAGACAGGGAAUGAAAGAAUUUGUGGCGGAAGUAGUAACAAUGAGAAGAUUAAGGCAUAGAAAUUUGGUACAACUUUUGGGUUAUUGUAGAAGAAAAGGAGAGCUUUUGUUAGUUUAUGAUUACAUGCCAAAUGGUAGUCUUGACAGGUUUCUGUUCCAGGAUAAAGAAUCAAAGCUUUCAUGGUGUCAAAGAUUCAAGAUUGUUAAAGGGGUUGCAUCCGCACUUUUGUAUCUUCACGAAGAGUGGGAACAAGUUGUUUUACAUCGAGAUGUUAAAGCAAGUAAUGUUUUAUUAGACGGUGAUAUGAAUGCACGACUAGGUGAUUUCGGGCUAGCUAGGUUGUAUGAUCACGAAAGCGAUCCUAGAAGUACUCGUGUGGUUGGAACGUUGGGAUACCUAGCACCAGAGCUAAGCUACACUGGGAAACCUACAACUGCAACGGAUGUGUUUGCAUUCGGAGUAUUCUUACUCGAGGUGGCUUGUGGAAGGCGGCCUAACAGUAUGCAGGAGUUUGGUAGUGCAGAGGAUUUUGUGAUGGUAGAUUGGGUUUACGAGUGCUGGAAAAGGGGAGUGAUACUUGAGACGAGUGAUCCGAAAUUGGAAGGUGAUUAUAAUUCGGAAGAAAUGGAGGUUGUUUUGAAAUUAGGAUUGUUGUGUUCACAUCCAAAGCAAGAUGAAAGGCCUAGUAUGAGACAGGUACUACAUUACCUGAAUAGGGAUGUAAAACUUCCUGAGAUUUCAUCUGAUUAUGAGUAUCAAAGUUAUACAUAUUUUGGUGGAAAUUGGGGAAUAUCAAUGUCAUAUCCUCCUUCAUCAUCAUUUGGUGUAUCUCAUUCUCAUUCUCAUGCUUACUUAUCUACUGAUGUUUCAUUCAUUCAAGAAGGCAGAUGAACUCAUUUUUCUCUCUUUUUUUUUUUAAUUAUUUGUGUGUUCUUUUUGGUUUAUUAGGUGUGAUUCUGGUUUGGGAUAGUUUAUGGGUGUUCCUUACUUUGUUUUGUUGAUAUGAACUAUGGGCUUAGAAUAUAAUAUAUAUAUAUAUAGCUGUUUAGGAGGUGUGACAUGUAUUAUAAUGUAAAUCAGUUUGUUUCCUAUGUUUGUACAACACUAUAAUUGCUUUAA